UAUUGUCGCAAAACAAUAUGGCGACGGUGAAUAUGGUCAAUUCAAACUCUUUCAUAGAUUGCUAAGUUGAUGUUUACUAUCCAAAAGAUAAAAUGACUUCGAAUAAAGUAUGUUGGUCAAUUCCUGAAUUCGAUAGGAUUAUCGCGACAGCAUUCCAAUCGGAUGCCGAAAAUUUAUUGAGUGAAUUUGAGAAAAAACGUUCUUUUAAAUUCUCCGAUUUUUCUAGUGUUUGGAAAGGAUUGAUGUUUUCGUACAUUUUUUCGGAACAGCCAUAUUAUACAUUAAUUGAAACUUUUAUGGACAAUUCAUUUUUCAUCAUAAAAAAAUUCAUAAUGUUUCCAAGAAAUAUUUACACAGAAGUUGGGGCCUUAUAUCUCUUAUACGCAUUGUACUUCAAACAAACCAUAUGUGAAUGGGUAAAAAUUAGAAUAACAUCUGAGGAAUAUGUGGUACUGGAAAACUUGAUCCACAGACUUCAGGGUAAAGGAGAAUUAGAACCACUUUUUAUUUUUGAUAAAUUAGUGAAGGCUAAUGCAUUUAAUUAUGUUUUUCAAAGAAAAGUAUUAGCUCCAGAACCUAGAUAUUUAAAAAACUGUGUGGAUUUCAUUGAUGAUACUUUUCAAAUGCAUCGUGAGACAAAUCCUAGGAAUAAUUUAAAAAAUGUGUUGAAUGAAGGUAAUUUUUUGGAAAACUUCACUCAGACAUUGAAUGAUUAUAGACAAGCCCUCUCAAAUUUUGCUGUACACAAUCCUGGUCUUAGCACAUUCUCAUCAACAUUAGUAGAUGACUUGAAUUCUUUAUUGGAAGAAAACUCUUCAAGUUCAGAUAGUGAAUGAAUGUUUUAUAAAGUUACUGGAAAAGUUGAAUUUCUAUUGAGCAAGGGUUGAAAAUGAAUGGUAAACAAACAUCAAUGAUGAAUGAGACUGAGUAGCAUCAGAUAUGGUAUUAGAGUUAUGGCUAGGUAUAUGGACAAGGAAACUUUGAAAAUACUCCUAUCAAGCCAAUUUUGAAUCAGUUCUCAGAUAUGGAAUCAUUUUCUGGGAAUGCAACUCCAACAUACAAGCAUUAUUCUUUGUACAAAAGAGAACUAUAAGAUCUAUAAAUGGUAUGAAGUUUAGAGAUUUAGAGAUGCUGCAGUGUUUUCAAGGAUAUGGGUAUAAUGACAGUUUAUGCUCUGUAUAUAUAUGAGUGUUUGGUUUUCCUUUUGCAAACAUAAAGAUAAAUUCGAGAGUGAAUAUACUCAUCAUUAUAAGACGAGAACUUUAGAUCUGAACUGUCCCAUACAUAGACUAACAUUGGCAGAAAAAUGACCCUAUUAUAUGUGCAUAAGACUUUAUAACAAAUUACCAAAUUACUGUAGAAUGUUUAUCUUUACAAAGUUUAAAAAAGUCACAAAGAAAAUGUUAAUUGUUUUAGAACCUUAUUCAGUUGAGGAUUAUUUAAAUUGUGAUUAUCUGAUGAAUUUUAUUUGAGUUAUAUGUAUUUCUGUGCUGACAUCAUUUCUUUUCACUCAUGUACAUAGAGAUAUUUUGAAAUAAAGGAGUUCAUUAUUA